CCUGCCGAUUCCGAUCUACAAGAGAUAACAAUGGCUAUACAGUGCUGAAACGACAUAGAUCAUGCGCAAACACCCCAUAAUUUGCCUCAUAUUUCAAUUCAUUAUUGGCGUUCCGGCCAAUACGGAGAAGACUGUUUUCAAAUUCCCCCAAGCUGUUCCUCCACCAACGCAGCUGCCCACACCUCUGUGCCUUCCUGUGCUUACUCCAAGGUUGUCUGCUAUAUACCGACGAUUGACUGUGUCUCCUCCUGCACAUGUUGAGUCUUUGCAAGAUAGGAUUAGGGAGGACUGGUAUCUGCUCCACGAACUUCAGAUUGGCCAUCGUUACGAGGUCCGUGUGUGCUCAGUAGCCACUCAGCCGACCAAAUUUUGGCUUGAUAUCUUCAGCUUUUCCGAGGUUGCAGGCUCUUCAGAACUUAUCUCUUCUCUGACCAAAUAUUCCGAGCGCUCACAGAAAGAAAUAUGCUCUAACAUAUUCAGCGCUAUUGAGAACGAGCCAGUAUUGUUCCUUCGCCUGCGCAGCACCUCCGACUUCGUUGCAGCCGAACGUACACUGAUGCAGCAUCCGCUCGACGUAGGUGCGGACAUUAUCCUCGACUCUUACCUGCUAGAUAUCCUUCCUCAGUCGUUGAUACCAACCGUUGCUUUGACCUUUGUAAUUGCGAUAUACGCGUGGUUCUUAUCUGGCAUGACAUGGCGUACGCUACAAGACAUAGUGAUUGCGAGACGAAGUAAAUCUCACUUGGAAUGACGCAGUCAGUCGACGAAACAGCAAUACAAUACCUUCGCGAACCCAAGAGGUGAUUGGUUGGGCUAAUAGAAAGUGGUCUUGACUGAGAUUAUGAAACAUACGGGGCAAUCUUCUCGAUCUUACAAAUUUCCUGACGGAAGAAACAUGGCAUCGCGACCAAGUAUUCUCACUCUUCCGCUUGAUUUGCAACUUAUGAUAUUGGAUCACCUGUCCUGGAAUGACUAUGUUGCUCUCGCUUUGGCUGGCUACGAUGCCCUCCAAUAUCGACAUGCAAAUCGAUUUCCUCAAAUUACCCGUCUGAGACUACGCAUUAUUCGCUCACCUCCUGCCUUCGGCAGCGACCCCUUAUUAUCAUUACCUAACGAAAUGAUCGAACACAUUGCUGGCUUCAUUGAUAGAAGGACGCUAAUGAGUUGGGUAUUUGCACACUAUCCAACCCUCGCAGCUCGCCAUCUUGUUGCACCAUUGACAACAGCGACUUUGACCCAGCUCAAUCUCUCUUGGGUAAGACGGCGCGAGAACUCUGAAGAAGGCUCCGCUAAACAAGUUGGAAAACAGUUUCAAGAUAACAUUCACUAUUUCUCAAAGUAAACAGCUCUUGAUUUUAGGCCGAAGACCCUCAGUAAAUAGGAAACGGCCAGUCUGUGAUAGCUUCUAUGUGAUGAGACAAUGACGAGAGGCAUCGUCAUGGAUUUUGUUCAUCUAUUUUUUCGUGAUGUCAAGUACUUCGAUUAGCAAUCAGUCAUACUGAAUUUAGCAUUGUUGGUGCAUUAACUUUGUUGACUACCGCUGAUCUGCAGGCGAGUGGUGUAUCAAAUCACUUUAAAAGCCGGGCGAGAUUUUCCAAUCGUGAAUGAAGUUGGGCUGACGAAGUAUCUGAACAAAGGCUUCGCUUCAAAUCGUUUCGAGGCAAUAGCACAGCUGUGAGCAAAGAGGACAAAGAUCUUGUAUGACGCUGUCAAACUAAGAAUUCGCUUACGAUGCAGGUUCACAAUGACUUCUCUCCAGACAAUAUCACUUAUUGG